GCUGUGGCGCCGGUUCUCGACUCCCGGGGCUCCGCCUGCGGAAGCCGCUAGCCCUGCCCCCGGGAGAAGCCACCUGGGACUUGACUUUUUGUCUUUCCUUUUGGUUUGCCCUUGCCCCAGACGUGGCCCCGGGAUGGGAACGCUUUCCAAACCAGCCUCCGGUCGCCCGGGCGUCUCUCUGCCCCGGGGUCUCUUGGCCUGUGCUCCACGGAGACGGGGCUCUGUACCUACCGGCCUCCCCUGAGGACGCUUCUCAGCCCCCGGCGCCCUCCCUGCAAGAUGUGCACCCCGAUGUUCCUGUUUUUUACCCCCCUCCCCAAUCCUCCUUGCUCCCAAGACUUCAUCUCUUCCUCGUCUCCAGAACACUUCCUUCUGGAAUAUUCCUCUCUGCUAGCUCCCUCUACCCCUACAGACUGUUUUUCCCCUAAAGCCCUCAGGCUCUCUUGUAAGGACAGGGAGGGGUCUACUUGUGGAUGAGGGCUCCCCCCCCCAGCUCUGUCCCCUUUUGCCCUCCCCCAUUCUUUGGGCGGAAGAGGAUAUGUUUAUGUCUCCCAGGGCCCCGUUGGCUUUGGUGGCAGUGCUUCCUUUGAGGUGGCAAGGCUGGGAACCCCGUGAUUUCCCUGCUGUGUCAUGGUACCUUUUGGUUUAAGAAAUUGUUUUAGGAGUAAUAUCUGAAUUCCAUCUUUAAAGGAAAUUUUUGCCUCAUGAGCCAGGUCACCAUGGUUUUCAGCUUUCAUGUUCCCUUGCACACAUCUGCAUGAGGCGUUGUCCAUCUUGAGUGUGGUUCUGGUGCUGAGCUUCCAGGACACCUUUUCUGGCUGUCCCAGCCCUUCCUCUGGGGCCUCAUUUUUUUCCUGGUUUCUAAGCUGGUUUCAUAUUAAACAUUUCCCUAAAAGUGGAUAAUGGCCUCUACUUGCUUCUGUUCCCCACAGGGCCACACAGCACUUUGAGCCCUGGAGAGAGGCACCCUGGCUCCGACAGCGCAGCCCUGGUUAGCUGGAGCCAGCUCCUGGGGCCCCUCUAAUCUGGUCAGUGGUUGAGGGGAGAAGCUGCCACCGUACCACAGAGGCCACAGGCUUCAGUAGUCUGGAGAAGUUUAGGGGGCAGGGUGACUCUGGAGAGAGGUCCAGGAGCCGGCCACGUUAUCAGGAGUGGAAGACGAUGGACAGCUGAGGCUAUAGGUUGCUUGAUCUGGAGGGAGGCAGGGAGGAGGAUCAGCAGACUGGCAGGCGGAAGGGGGAGGGGAGGCGGGAAGGCCUCUAGUGCAGGCACGUGUCCCCUGUCCGCCUGUGUCCACCUUUGGGAUAAGCCACCCUUCACAUGGCCUCCAAGCAGGCUGGUGGGAGGGGUCCGGGGGAGAAGCGCAAGAGGGUAGUCCUGACCCUGAGGGAGAAGAUGGACAUCUGUGCACGCCUGGAGAAGGGGGAGAGCAGGAAGGUGCUUAUGCAGGAGUACAAUGUGGGCAUGUCCACGCUGUACGACAUCAAGGCCCACAAGGCCCGGCUGCUGCGCUUCUUUGCCAGCUCUGAGUCCAACAAGGCCCUGGAGCAGCGGCGCACGCUGCAUACGCCCAAGCUUGAGCACCUGGACCGGGUCCUGUACGAGUGGUUCCUGGGCAAGCGUGCUGAGGGCGUGCCUGUAUCGGGCCCAAUGCUCAUCGAGAAGGCCAAGGACUUCUACGAGCAGAUGCAGUUAACUGAGCCCUGUGUGUUUUCUGGUGGGUGGCUGUGGCGUUUUAAGGCCAGACACGGCAUUAAGAAGCUGGAUGCAUCCAGUGAAAAGCAGGUGGCUGACCACCAAGCAGCGGAGCAGUUCUGUGGGUUUUUCCGGAGCUUGACAGUGGAGCAUGGCCUGACGCCGGAGCAGGUGUACAAUGCUGAUGAGACUGGCCUCUUCUGGCAGUGCUUGCCCAGUCCCACCCAUGAGGGGAGUCUGGUGCCCGGUGGCAGACAAAGCAAGGACAGGCUGACUGUCCUCAUGUGUGCCAAUGCCACAGGCUCCCACAAAAUCAAGCCCUUGGUGAUCGGGAAGUGUAGUGGCUCCCGGGCUUCCAGGGGCAUCCAGCACUUGCCUGUGGCCUACCAGGCUCACGGGAACACUUGGGCAGACAGGGAAGUUUUUUCUGACUGGUUCCAUCAUAUCUUCGCCCCCUCUGUGAGAGAGCACUUCCGAGCCCUGGGUUUGCCUGAAGACAGCAAAGCCAUCCUCCUGCUGGAUAGCUCCCGGGCCCACCCACAGGAGUCCGAGCUGGUGUCUGAGAACAUUUUUACCAUCUUUCUUCCUGCCAGUGUCACCUCCUUAAUUCAACCCAUGGACCAGGGCAUUCGACGAGACUUUAUGAGGAAUUUCAUCAACCCCCCCGUCGCGCUGCAGAGCUUGCACCCAUGCUACAACGUGAGUGAUGCCAUCUGCAGUGUGGCCUGUGCGUGGAAUGCCGUGCCAGGUGCCAUAUUCAGCCGGGCCUGGAGGAAGCUGUGGCCCACGGCUGCAUUGGCCGAAGGCUCACCUGAGGAGGAUGAGCACCUUAGAGCCAAGCCUCAUGACCAGACCUUUGCGCAUGUCCUGGAGCUCGGGCGAGAGGUCAAGUCCCUGCCGAGCAGCAGACUUCACGGGAGUGCAGCUGCUGAACAGGCUGGGCUGGGGCAGGAGGCCAGAGGUGGGUGUCCAGCUGAGGGUCACCCAGAGCAGGCUGAGAAGAAUGGUGGGACUGAGGAUGCCAGGGAGGGUGAGGAGGCUGCCUGGGAGCAGGCUGCUGUGGCCUUUGACGCUGUGCUCCGCUUUGCAGAGAGGCAGCCUUGCUUCACGGUGCAGGAGCUGGGGCAGUUGCGUGCACUGCGCUCUGUGUUCGUGCAGCAGCGGCAGGGGCGGUGGUGGCGCCCGGCCCUAAGGGCUGUGGUCAAGCUCGAAGCCCCCCAGGAGCGUGCGGGUGGCUACGCCACCUUGGCCUGCUCCCCGUCCACUGCAGGCCAAAACUGAUGGUGCCCAGCAGUGUGGCUGCAUGGUGCCCACUGGCGGGAGCUGUCCCAGAAGAGUAGGUGUGCUAAGACGUGUACUGCCCUUCCCAUUCCGUUAACCUGUGUUACCUGUGAUGUCACACGAGCAUGAGGAGAUAUUCUGGAAUGGCCCACCAAACCUAAAACCUCCCAGAGCCUCCCAUGGCCAGAGCCCCGGACUGCGGGCAGUUUCUGGUCUAGUGUUCGCUGGCUGAGCCUUGCUCUGACUGAGCAUAGAGAUGUCUUCCUGUCCCAGAGGAGAAAAGCCAGCACUCUGGCAGUACCUGCUGUCACUUGACAGGCUGGCCGGUCCCAAGACCCACCUCUCCUGGCCCUCAAGGCUCAGUCUGCUGGUCUGUUAGCUAUGCCUGUGUUAGGUAGACCCCAAGGGCAGGCCACCAAGGCUAGGAUUCAGUUUAUGGCCUCAAGUCAGCAAAAUCCCUACUUGUGGCUUUAUAGGCAACUUGUUUGUGUGUCCCCACUUUAGGUGUGAUCUUAUGUAGUUGAAAGAGGCUCCUAAAAGUUCCUCCAUUGUUUCCAGCACCCCCUCCCCCCACCUUGAACCCAGACCCCAAGAUAUGGGCCGCAUGCUAGCUUGAUGUGGUUGAACUGCUUUGCCUAAAGCAAGCAGGAACAUUAGGCCAACCUGCCCAUUGCCCGAUGGGGGACCAUGGGGCCCUGUGCUGCUGCUAGUGUCUUGGCUCAGUCCAGUGGACUGAUGGCUUACGGUCCCACAUUCCCCAGAAUUUCACAUUUCAUGGCCUUCACAUGACCAAAUCUUGAUUAGGCCUUCAGAAAUGAGUCUUAGGUUUGCACAUACGUAACAGAUAGGAAGCAGCAUGCUGCUCAGAUUUCUAGCAAUAGUGGAACUUCUAUUGCAGCUGUUAACACCCUAGUAAUACUUAGGGGACUGCUAGCUGCCUUGGCUGGUGUGGUCAGGUGGGACAUGGAGAACAUGGUGACUCCUGUGUCUCUUGGCUGACUUUGGGCUGUUUCAUUGGUGCUGCCUCGUUGGCCCCAGACCUGCAACCACAAGAGGCUCCGGUGGCACUGCUUAUCCUCUGCACACGAGUCAGGGUACUUUUCUGUAUUCUUCUGUAUUCUUUUGCCCCAGAAUUCCAGCCCCUUCCUGAAGUCAUGUCAUGGCAGCUGAAUGGACACAUAGCUGUCAUCUGUUUGCUGUUUUUCCCUCUGGGAGACCUUGGUUCCCGUGAGUUGAGGGAACUCAAGUGUGUGGUUUGCACUUGGGUUCUCAUGUUUUUACAGCUUCCCAAACGCCAGGGUGACAGCCACGACCGGCAUGGCAUAUGUGACCGUGGAGCGUGUGUCCUGCUUUGAUGCCGUGUGUAAAGGUAGGGAAAGCAGUGUGGUGAUUUAGUGUCUUGCCGGGCCUUUGGGCCUGUUCCGUGCUAUGCUGCUGUCAUCACUUCCUUCACACCCUGUACUUCUGUGUUAUUUGUGUCACUUCUGGACUUGUAUCCCUGUGAGGCGCUGCUUGAGGUGUAACAGGAAGUUAGGUGAGUCAGGCGAGGCUGCCCUCACCGUCAGCAGUAGCCACAUGGAGGCUGACUGACAUGCCCAGUGGCUCUUCACUUUGCUGGGCAGGUGGAGCUGGGGGAAGGCCAGGCAGGUGGGGUUCCUGGCUGGAGCUGGGUCCUCAUUAAGCCAGACCCCAGGCAUGGGCUCAUGUCACACCCUCGCUAUCUGCUCUGUCCUGGCGUAUUGUGGCCAAUCAAUAAACGCUGUCAACAGA